AUGAUCCGCGAUCAGCUGGCGCAGGAAGGUACGGAAGCUGCCCUUGAUGCUGUGGGUGAUGAGCCCCAGGUCUCCAGCGAGAAGAAAGGCGAAGUGCAGCGCAAAGCCUCCAAAGUGAAACCGCAGAAGCAGCAGCAGCCGCAGCAGAAGAAAAAGAAGAAGCCGAAGCAGCGUGAAGAGCUGAAAGAAGAGCCACUUGCAGAAUCUCCUGUCGGUGAGACAGGCGCGACGCCGAGUAGGAAGCUGAAGAAGCGGCGGGUUGAGGCAAAACCUUCGGAGGAGCCUGCGAAGGCAGCGAAGGAAGAGGCCCCCCGAAAGAAGCCUUUAAAGCAACCAAAGAGAAAGGCGCAGAAGGUGGAGGAGCCCUCCGCCAAGCCGGCUAAGCCAGCGAAGACAAAGAUCUCCAAAGGCUCAAAAAGUUCCACGGCAGCCGACGGUGAUGGCGGCCUCCAUCCCUCCUGGAACGCCAAGAAGACGGCCAAGGUGAGCGGCGCGCUGGUGCAAGCUGCCGGAGAUCGGAAAGUUUUCGAUAGCGAUUCCGACGCUUAA